UCGAAAGGCUGCAGUUGUCCACAGUCUGUCCUGUUGUUCACACACUUACUGCAGCUCACUUUUUUAUUUUUAUUCUUUAUACUUUGAACUGUUUAAAGAUAGCUUUUUAUUUUCACUUUAACCAGAAGCCGGGACAUUUUUCUGCUUGAGGAAGGAGUCAGCGGUUCCAGUCGCGGAUUCACUCAUCCAUGGAUCCUUCAAGCAAACACCAGAGAUAGAAGUUAUUCAAAAUUCAUCAAGAGGACAUGCUGACAGAGAGAAAUGAAGGGGAGAAAAAUUAAGUAGCUUUCACAAGGAAGGCACUCUUCUGAACUUGUUCACGGGGCUUAUUCUCUUUGACCUCAGUAUAAACCAGGGAUUAUCCGUAUUCCUUAUAGUUUUUGGUGAAAAGCCAGUGCUUGUUUUGCCUUGGGUAGACUCGAAAGAGGAUUGGGAAGGAAACUAGCUCCUCAUUCCCUCUGAGAGAGCUUUUGCAUAUUUCCUCUGGCGAAGAACUUGAAACGAUUAAGAGCCGUUCUUUAAUUUAUUUGGAGCGACUUCAAGUAAAGGAAAAAAAACAUGGCUUGUUGGUGUUUAUCCAUGUAAUGGAUUUGGAUCUGUUCUACAGAGUAUCUCAGGCGCAUCCUGUUUAUUUACCUGGAUCUAACACAUCAAAAGUUCCGAGAACAUAUAGAUGAUCUCCAUUUUUCUCAUGCAAUGGAUGUUCGGAAAAGAGCAAAGGUGAACCAGGCAGGGAGCAGCCUGGGGAUUUUGCCACCCGGAUCAUCUGGAGAGAGAUGCAGCAGUGGCAAGAGGACAGAGCCAGCAAGGAUUAGAGAAGGAGUUUUCCCGCUUGGACGAUCCGGUUCUUUUUCCGGUUCAUACCUUCCGCGCCGGUGGCCUUGGCAACGGUGUGUUUCCAUGGCAGCAGGGCUGUUCCUAGCGGUGCUACUGGCCGUGGCUCAGGCCUGGUGUGUCAACGCCAUACAUGAGAAUCUGCUGUGGUUCUCUCAGCUCACGGAAGUGGAGAGGGAGAUCUCCUUCCGGACGGAAUGUGGACUCUACUAUUCGUACUACAAGCAAAUGUUGCAGGCUCCAUCCAUACAGGAAGGGCUGUCAGAACUGAUCCAUGACAACUUGACAGAAUCAAAGAGGACCAUCAAUCUUUUACAGCGGAUGAAUAUCUACCAAGAGGUGUUUCUCAGUGUUCUGUACAGACUGCUGCCCUUACAGGCGUAUCUGGAGCCCGUGUAUUUCUACAUUUACACAGUGUUCUCUCUCCAAGCCGUGUAUGUGAUCGCUCUGUACCUCACAGCAUGGCUCCUGGCUGGUUCCUGGCUGGCUGGGUUACUGACUGGAGUCUGGUACAUUCUUAAUAGGGUGGAUACCACUCGGGUGGAGUUCACCAUCUCCCUCAGGGAGAACUGGUCUUUGCCCUUCUUUGCCCUGCAGGUCACUGCUGUCACUUGCUACCUCAGGCCUCAGCUCAGCGCCUUGCAGCAGAAAGUGAUGGUGUGGCUGAUGUACGUGACCACAUGUUGCUUCUGUCUGACGUGGCAGUUCAACCAGUUCAUCCUACUGGUUCAAGCUCUCAUUGUUUACAUCCUGGACAUCGUUGACCUCUUGACGACAACGCAGGUGACCACCCUGUACCUGGUUCAGGUGAGUGGUCUGCUGAGCGUUUGGCUGCUGCAGUUCUGUAACUCCAUGAUCCUGGGAUCGCUGGUGCUCAGCUUCAUUGUUGCAGCGCUCUUCAUCAGACACUGCCAGCCUGAUUUGAAGACUGGAGGCCUGCUGGUUCGUCUGGCCAAAGUUCUCCUCCACAGCAUCCUUGUUCUCCUGCUCGCCUUCAUCAUCAACUCCUUGACUAAGAAAGCGCUUCAGCUCAGAUCAGACGAGCACAUUUUUAAAUUCAUCAAGUCAAAGUUUGCCUUGGGGCCGACGAGGGACUUUGAUGCCAGUCUGUAUCUGUGUGAGGAGGCCUUCGGGCUGCUGCCACUGGACACUCUGGAGCGCCUGGCUGGCACCCUGCUGCUGUACCCAUACGUCCCCACUGUCCUGCUGCUCAGUGGCAUGCUGGCAGUGGCGGUGCUGCACAACCUCAGGCCUAAAGGAAGUUGGGAGGAAGAGAAGAGAGCAGCUGCAGGGGGACAGGUGGAUGCUUUCCGGCCAGAUGUGGCCUACAACCUGCUGCACUCUGUGCUCUACGGCCUCCUGGCUUUCAGCACCAUGAGAAUGAAAUACAUUUGGACAGGCCACAUGUGUGCGGUCGCGGCGUAUGGUGUGUGUGGGACCGACCUGUGGACUCUGCUUCUCAAAGCUCUCCGCUGCAACACUAAAGUUCUGCUGCGGUUUAUCAGAUAUGCAGUUCCAGUGCUGAUGAUUGGCUGGCUGUAUUAUAAGUUCUGGCCUAAGCUGAUGGAGGAGCUAUCAGAGCUCAGGGAGUUCUAUGAUCCAGACACAGUGGAGCUGAUGACCUGGAUUAGCACAAAGACCCCGAAGCAGGCAGUGUUUGCUGGAAGCAUGCAGCUCCUGGCCGGCAUCAAGCUGUGCACAGGCAGAGUUCUCACCAACCACCCACAUUAUGAAGAUAAAGACCUGCGGGAGCGGACCAGACAGGUGUAUCAGGUGUAUGCUCGGCGGUCCCCAGAGGAAGUGUAUGACAUCCUGAGGGCGGUGGGGGCCGACUACGUGGUUCUGGAGAACAGCAUCUGCUACGAGCGGAGGCACCGGAGGGGCUGCAGACUGCGGGACCUGCUGGACCUGGCCAACGGACAUGAGCGGCUUUCUGAGAUCAUGGACGGACCAGGUGAGAACGAGGCGGACCUCGUCCCCGCCUCCCACCCUCGCUUCUGCGAGGCCAUCAAGACGGACGCCGCGGCUUACACCGCACUGUUCACCAGCACAUUCCAGAACAAAACCUUCUACGUCUACAGGCUCAAGAAGAAGCGUAAGAAAAGUGGCAAAGCGUCCUCCGAGCCCGGCGUGAAGCUGUAGCGGGACCAGAAAACACCCGACCAGAGGGAGCCCCCUCCCGACUGUACAGAGCUGUGAUCGUGACUUUUAUUUUGACGUUGCUUUGUUCUUCGCUAAGCAUGACUUCAUGAAGUGUGGCGUCAACGCAGCGGGCCACUGAAGUCCAGAGUUGCACUUUUGCUAUUAGCAGAGAGCUGAAGCAACUCUUAAAAAUGCUGCUGUUUGCUACUGAGAUCAUGUUUGUCUAAGAAAACAGAAAUUAUGAAAACAAAUGAAGAGUUUCUAUAUGACCACAAUAGAGCCCUGAAAGCCAAAACAUCAGGCAGUUAGGAUUUAUUUGAAGAUGGAUAGCUGAAGCGAUAUAAAAUAGAAGUAAAAAAAAAUAUGAAGGGUUUAACAAUUAGUUUUGUGGUAAUAGAAAUUCGAUAAAGGACAUUUUUUGGUUUAUUAGUUUCUUAGUUUGUGGAUCUGAGAUUUUAGAUAUUUUCUAAGGCAGCAAAGUGUUUCCACCAAGAACUGAAUCAUUCCAGGCCGUUCUCUGCCCGCCACUCAUCUCAGAUGAUGUUGCCAUGUUCUACAAAGUGUCAAUGCUUACAUUAUGAAUCUCUGAUUGUAUGAGAUGAAGUGUUUCUGGAUGUUUUUCACCAUAUCAGUUCAUCUAAGCAAUCUGCCUCUGUACAGCAGACCUGCUCACACCUAACAUCAGCAAAAACAUCAACCAGCUCUGUGAAUUAUUUAUUUAUAGAGACUAAUCUCUACCGUACUAAGUUUCGAGGACUUUUCAAGCUGCCAAUGUAUCAUGUAUAAACGCCUUCCCCCUGUCACCUAGCAACAAUGACUCAAGCUGGGGAAAUGUUUUUCCUGUUCAAUUAAAUUAUUAAAUAGCAUUUUUAUUAUUUUCUCUUUUGUUGGAAAAUCAAAUGGCAUAAACCUAACAAUACAAUCGCUUUAAUCUUUCAUAUUUUAAAUCACCAGAUUUUAAUAUACUUUCAUAUAAAACUGUACUCUGCUAUUGCACUUCCACUUUAUCCGCCGUUGUUUCAAGAAUUAAAAUCUGUUUGGUGUGGGGAGAGAAAAAGAUACUCCAGACCCGUCCAUCAAAUUCAGGGGGAAAAGUAUGGAUUUGGAGGAGCCUUUGAAUUCGGACAGAUUUCGUUGCUUCGCUGUUACCUGGUCAGCCUUCGAAGGCUGCAGCCCUUAAUUUGGACGUUUCACAAGGUGCAUUUUAGGGUCAAGGUUUCACUGAAAUGACAACAUUUGUUUCAAAACAAAUUGACAGCACACACGAAGGCAGAGUUUUAACUCUGGUAGCUAAGCUAACUGGGAUCAUGCUAGCUACCUUAAAGAUGUAAUUUAAAGUUUACCCAUCAAUAAAGUCAGACCUAAACCUCUUUGAGAGUGAAGUUCUCACCUUAAAAAGUCAAAAAAAAUAAAAUGUCACCAGCACUUCUGUCAAAUUCCAACUUGCAAAAUGUCGACAGUUCAACUGGAAAAUGUUUUAUCACCACUAGUGUCAAAUUUGUUCUUUAAAUACGGAGACACUUUCCUAAGCUCAGCCUCUGGCAGCCAAUCGACGUAGUGAUUAAAAUAUUUCACAGCAAAACUGGAAACUACUAAAAACAGAUUUGACAUCUGAUGGUGAAACUUCAGCAGCAGCAAUACUCACAGAUAUAAUAUGCUAUAGGAACAUAUAUCAAGUUUACAUGAAAACAUUUCUAAAGGUAAAAUCCACCAAAGUAUUUAUCUUUGUGUGUUUUUUUUUUUUUUUUGGAUUGCUGAUAAUACAGUAGCACAAUUUUAUUUGAACAAAUUGCCUUUCAUUUAUUUUUAAUUGUUUUCUUUUUGUCCAGAAUGGGCAACAUUGUCAAAUUAAAUACAUCAGUAUACAUUAAGCAACACAUUGCAACUGCUGCGACACUAAAAUAUUUUAAUGACUAAAAUAUUGUUUCUUCCUGUCUGCUGGGAGAAAAAAAAAUUAACCUCUGUGGGAACAACUUAUUUUUCCAAAAGGCAAACAUUGAGGAUAAUUCUUCUUUUUUUUUUUUGGUCACACAUCUGAGGUCAGAGCAGCUUCUUGGUGAUAUUUGUGUCGCCUUUGUUGUUGUGAUUGCUGUCAUGUUUCUCUUUGCGACUCGUCAGCGGCCGCCUCAACCUUUUCACUGCCGUCGCUCCUGCAUACAAACACGCAUGAAUAAUGGAAGCUGUGAGGAAAUUGCAGCAGGCUGACAACCGCACUGAUUCCUCCCCGCAAUUUCCAAAAUAAUUCGGAGGGUUUGCCGAGGUAUGGCAAACACUCUCACAUGAAACCCAGGAGGAAGGUGGAAAAACUGACCCACGUUAGAGAAAAGUAGAGAAAUGAGAGCAGAUCCAUAAUGAUCUAAAGCCUUAUUGCCUUUAUCCUAUCGGCUUAAAGAAUGGUUCUGAUUGAAACAGAGAUGUAGAUGCCAGUCAGACAAGGCGCUGGAGUGUGUGUGUGUGUGUAUGUCUCCUCACACACCAGCUUUCCACUAUUUGUGUGCAUGUUAAUAGGAACGUCGCUCUUUGAUAAUUUACACCCUCCUGCUUUUGAAGACGUGUCGUUCGUUAACUCCCGUCGUAAUGCAUACCAAUCGGAUCAGCGGCGCUUGUUCUUCGUCUGUCCUGCCUUCAUGCUGGAUGUUUAAUUAAGUAGAUGCUGGAUCGCUUUAUUUGAGAGGGAAGUGAUUCCAUUAUGUUUGCUUAAUAGGAGGGUACUAAUGUAAUAUUUUUCCAGCACUAGUCAUUUCCAUACAUAUUGGGAUUGGCGGUUCUGCUGUCGGGGCCCCUGGUGUUCUGUAACAGACAGGAUGAUUCCUGCUGAAGAACAACAGAGGAGCUCAAGCAGUUUUCUGGCUGUUUGCUCCAGAAUCAGGUAUUUUAAUGUGGAUUUGAAAAGAGCAACAAGGUCAAUGAGCUGCUGGAUGAUGAUGCUCAGCACGGCUGACACGUCAGGGGCAGAAACUCAUGAAACACUAGAAUAUAUUUUUGAAAUGGCAAAUUUAAUUUUCAGCUGGAGUGUUUGUUUUUUUUUUCAGUAUGAUUUGGGAUGUGCUGCUGCGCCAGAAUUAAUUAUAUUCUGAGUUCGUUUUGAGCAUCAAACAUAAAGUUCACUGGUGAUGUUUUCAUGUAUCUAAACACGAGUACAGAUACAUACUGUCAGAUGUUUUAGCAUCUCAUUGGCCAACUUGAUCAGGGCUUUGCUAUGAUAUUUAUUCCGUUUAAACAAACAUUUUUCUGUUUAAAUCGUGAAAGUUAAUGCCAACACAAAGUCGUGUAUAAUUCAGAGAUGGACUGAAAACGAAACGAGGUUUCAACAUUUUGUAAAGAAAACUUAAAAAUUUUAACUCAUAAGGCAUUAGAUACAGAUUCUCAUAUUGAUUUAUGUCUGGACUUUGACUAGGCCACUCUGUUUGAUUAGAACCGGCUACAUGUUUAGGGUCGUCAUGCUGAAAGGUCCAUUUAAACUGGAGCAGCACAAGCAAAUGUGGUGGAUUAGCAGAGCUUUCCAACUACUGAUGGUGAGUCAGGAGAGGUUACUGUGGAAUGCUGCUAGCAUGUUACCCUAUUGAGCUGCUAGCAUGUUACCCUGUUGAGCUGCUAGCAUGUUACCCUAUUGAGCUGCUAGCAUGUUACCUUGUUGAGCUGCUAGCAUGUUACCCUAUUGAGCUGCUAGCAUGUUACCUUGUUGAGCUGCUAGCAUGUUACCCUGUUGAGCUGCUAGCAUGUUACCUUGUUGAGCUGCUAGCAUGUUACCCUAUUGAGCUGCUAGCAUGUUACCUUGUUGAGCUGCUAGCAUGUUACCUUGUUGAGCUGCUAGCAUGCCAUGACAGUCAUGAGAUAGUCUUUAGUCAGAGGCUUCUUGAGAGUUGUUGAAAGACUGACUGCUACUGGAGAUCCUUCCUGUCCACAUCAUCACCAAAUAUCAAAUAUUUGAUGUCUGACGACAUUUAAGUUUCCUUUGGGAUAAAUAAAGCUUUUCUUUUAAUUGAAUGAGUCAUGAGACAAAAUGGCCACCAUAUAUCGUUUUCUUUACGCUGCACCACGACUUUGUGUCGGUGUGUCACAUAGAAUCCUGAUAAAAUAAAUGAACUCUGUUAUAAAAGGCUUAGAAAAAAAUUAAUUCAUAAAUUCACAAAGAGCUACAGAGCUCUUCACCUUCAUUACAUAUGUUUGGUGUUUUCCCUGUGAUGUGAUCAUGCAGUGUUGUGAUAAAUAUGAAAGUGUAAAAAGGAGCAUGUGUAAGACGUUGGUCUUUGUCUCUUGGACACAUUUAGUACAAACACUGCAGGAAACUUUAAGGAAACAUAACCCGGGACGUCCUCAGAAUGUAUGGACUGUAAUGACAACAUGGCGAAUGUUCAGUCCUGGAUUCACUCGGCUCAUAUGAAGCCAGUACUGCAGAAGUGGGUCAGUUGACUCUGCCAGUUCUCGUGCCAAACCCAUUGUUACCGGAAGAAUCUGUUAUUUUUUACAUGUUAUAUUAAACGCAUCUAUGUUCCGAAAAACUUUGCUCAUUAAAAGUGCUCUCCGCCG